AUGAAUUAAGUCGAUAAUUUACUCAAACCAUCUGUGAUUAAUAAAAAAUCUUAGCUACUGGAUAAUAGCUCUAAUACAGACAUUUUUAAUUCAUGGGAAUCAAAAUUAUAACAAAAAGAAAAAUAAGUAAUUUUUAUUAUAAUACUUAAGUAUAGUUAAUAUAAAAAGAAAAGAAAUUGAAAGAAAAAGAGAAUUAAUUAUCUUAAAAAGAAGACCUUUUAAUUAAAAAAGAGUUAGACCUAAAUUAAAAAAUGAUGAAAUAUUCUACAAUUUUAGAAUAAAUUAUUGCCUAGAAGUAAACUAAAUCAGACAUUUCAUUAUUACCAUUAAAUUCAAAUGAUAGAUCACAUAGAAAUAAGAAUAUAAAUGAAUAUUAAAAUCGAGUGAUAAAUUUAUUGAAUACAAUCAGAAGUAAUAGUUAAUAAUAAUAAUAAUUGAUUCAUUAAUAAUCUUAUUUAGGAAGUACUUUAGAAUUAACAGAUGAUAGAUUUAAUAAGAGUACAAGAGGAUUUUAAUUGAUAUGA